AUGUUUAUCAUACUUUUGGUAUAAUGCAUAAAUGCAUAAGUAAAUCCCAUGUUGUACAAAUGGGGAACAUACAAACCUUAACUGAUUCACGCCAUUACUGAAAGAAAUAUGCAAACCUUCAAUCCUCUGACCAUCACCUUCUAUUACUUCAUGAACAAUAAUAUAAGAUGGGAGAAAUCAAUCAAAUACAAAAUCAAUGAAAGAAGCAAUGACGAACCCACCUAUUACCAAUAUCUCUAUCAUGAUGGCGAAAGAUAUGCCAUCCACGAAACCAUAGAUGGGGAAUAUAAAGUAAGAUUCACAAAUGAAUUCUAUAAAGUCAAUCCUGAGAAAAUAGAAGAUUGGGUUACCACUGUUGUGAAUAACGAUGCCUUGGUCGGAGAUGAGGAAUACAUCAGUCUAGUGUACUCUAUUGCAAUUGAGAAGUUGAAUCAAGAAAAAACUGAUCUCAGAAAAUUAUAAGUUGAAGAGGAGGGAGAUUCUCUCAAAAUUACUAUUACAACAGCUCAACAAGUAAAUUACAUUUAUGUGGCCUUGGAAUCUAAUGGCAAACAAGUCAAUUUAAAUCAAAAUGACAACUUCGGUUAUUCUUUGCAAUUUCAGAAUCCUACCUUAAAUUACAAUUUGAGAACACUCCUCUAUAGCGAAUUGAGAAAAACCAAAGAAGACAUCCCGUUCAAAUUCAAUAAAACUAUUGAUUAAGAAUAAGGCAACAUCGUCUUCGUUUAAUACGUAGCUAAAAGAAAUGAAUUGUUUAAAUUUUAACUAAGAUAUAUGCAACGAGAGAUAUCCGUAUCAAGUGACUACUUUUUCGAUGCUAGAAUAUUAAAGAAAUUAGACAAUAUGAAUUUCUUCUCUUAAUUCAAUAGAACUUUCAAUAAAAUACCAUUAAAGAACCCAUUCUAUUUAUCGUGUUCAAUCAGUUCAUUUGCAAAUCUCAUUGGAGGCUUUGCCACUUCUUUUGGAAAUAUAGAAUGCGAAGAGGCUAAUCCAAUAUGUUCACAAUAAAAGAUGAUGUUUACUCCAACUCCCUCUAGAUUUGGAUUCCCCAGACCAUUUUUAUGGGAUGACGGAUUCCAUAAUAUGAUUGUUUGUCGAUGGAAAUCUCAAUUAUGUAUCUAAUCUUUGUUAGAUUGGUUUGAUACAAUGUCAAGCAAUGGAUGGAUACCUCGAGAAUAAGCCAGAAGUCCUGAAUAGAAAACAGCAGUGCCUUAAGCAUUCCUGGCCUAAAAAUAAAGCGAAACUAAUCCGCCUACUUUUAUCUUUAAUUUUCUUUAUCUUGAUUCCUUGAAAAACGGGGAAAUACAAUAAUAGGUGAGAAAAUUAUACACAAAAGCAAUAGAUUGGUAUCAUUUUUGGAUUAAGUCUCAAGGAGUAAAUGAAGGAGAUAAUUUCUUACUCUUCAAAUGGUGGGGAAUGAAUGAUAAUAUUAAUUUUGGAUCAGGAAUGGAUGACUGGCCAAGAUCGCAUAAUGGAUUGAAAAGCAAAUUUAAUAUUGAUGCUAGCAUGUGGGGCUGGUUUUUUGCUGAUUCAAUGCAAAAAUUAGCUGCUAUAUAUGAUCCACAAAAAAGCAACUAAUUCCAUUAAACUGCUGAAAUGAUCAAGAAAUCUAUUAAUAAAUAUCAUUUGGAUCCAGAUGAUAAAAUAUUUAAAGAUGUUUUAAUUGAUGGAUCAUUCUCUCCUCAUCUUGGCUACCCUAAUUUAUUUCCAAUUGCUUUUGGAUUUAUUGAUCCUACAAAAUCAGACAUAUUGGAUGCGUAUGUGAAUAUGAUAAAGAAAGAGUUGUGGACUAAUCAUGGUCUUCGAUCUUUGAGCAUUAAUGAUAAUCAUUUUGGAAAAGGAGACAACUAUUGGACUGGACCAGUUUGGAUACCAAUUAAUUAUUUAGUUCUCAGAGGAAUCUAAAAGUAUUAUUCAACACACAAAGGAUUAAUGGAUCUCUAUAAGGAACUUAGAGAAAAUUUGAUGAAUACUGUUUGCAUUAAUUGGAGAGACAGAGGGUAACACUAUUCCACAUAUACUAGAUACUUCUUUGAACAUUAUAACCAAAGAUAAGAUGGGCUUGGAAGAGGAUACCAUCCCUUUAAUGGAUGGACUAGCACAAUUACAUUAAUUAUACACGAAAUUUAUGAUUGA